ACGUAUCUUAUCACCUCACGACUAGCUGCGAAUUUCUUAGAGAAAGUUUAAUCUGAUUUUACCGAUGUUUGUUGUGUACCUGUUACUUGUCCUGGGGGGUCAGAGUGAAGCUACAUCUGACGUUGCCGAGGGAUCCCCUCCUGACUCCCAUGAUACCUGCCACGCCCUGAAACAAGCAGCACAACAGAUCAGAAGAGAGGGGUACACUGCUAUAGACAAAGCAGACUCUAUCAGGGAGCAGGCAUAUCGGCUUAAAGAUGAAGCAUAUGAGGUUAGAGAGAGCGCAAUGGAGGCAAAGUCAGCACUGGAGACGACUCUGGUGGAGACGAUAGCUUUGGUUCGGAGUCAGAGCACUGUAACUAACCUGUAUAUCCAGGAGAUGCGGAGUACACUGAGUGAAAUUAAGAAGAAAAUGGAGGAUAUGGAGGAGAAAAUGGAGGAUAUGGAGGAGAGAAUGGAAGAGAAGAUGACAGGAAUGGAGGAGAGAAUGGAAGAGCAGGACAAAAAGGAAGAAGAUAGAUUUGCAGCUCUGGACGAACACUCCAAAACAGUUGAGAGGAAGAUAUCUGAACACGCGGCAGUCUCAAGCACCAUUUCAAGCCAUGUUUCUGAAACCCUUUCCACAGCACUCACCCUCAAGGAACGACAAAAGGCUCAGAUGUCAGAGGUACGGAUUAUCUCCUUAUACAAGAUAGCCGAACAAAUUAACACCCAUCCAGGUGGUACGUUCGACGCGGAUCUUGCAGUGGAUGGUAUGGUCACGUUUGAUAGACCUCAUUGGGCGGACAUGGCUGCCUAUACUCACACAACGAACUCCCCAGGCAGCAAAAUUUUGAUAGAGCUUGGAGGACUUUUCAGAAUAUAUAAAAUUAAGGUUUGGAAUCUGAGACACUGCUGCCAAGAGCAACUCAUUGGAGCACAUAUCUACGCAGAUGACAGACUCGUUGGCACUGUGAUUCGUGCGCAAGGAACGUACGAUUUUACGAUCGGAGAUGAGGAUCCUGUUUAUGCGAAGGAGGUUACUCUACAACAACCACUGGGACAACAGCUUCACAUUCUAGAGCUGCAAAUCUGGGGCACUGGACCCUUCUUAGAAGACGACAAAUUUGAUUAAAGAGUUGUGAGAUUUUCUAUAAAAUUAAGUUUUCGACUGUAUUAUUAACGGGAGAUACCCGUACAAUAUUAUU